UUGCCACAUCACUGUUUCUCUGUCCCUUGAUAAACCUUCGGAGAAAACAAGGGAAAGUUCCUCUUGUUAUUGGGAAAGCAAGGAAUUCCCUCUGAACUGAACUCUAUAUAACUAGCUCAGGCGAAUGAAACAAUUCUCCUUUCCUACCCCCUUCGAACACAACAGAAUCAAAUCAAAAAAGAAAAUCAAAAUAAUCAUGGCUCGCGGAAACGUCGGUAUCUACAAAGUCUUCUACAAAGGCAACACGGACGACUUCCUCGUCUUCAUCGACGACGUCGCGAUGGUGAAGAAAUGGAAAAAGGAUCAUUCGAUCCCAUUGGCACAGGUCGUGAGUGGGUUCCAGGUCUUCAUUACGCAUCGACAAGGUGCCCAGGGUAUUCAUGACACGGCAAGCAAUGCCAUACUAGAUUCUGAGUUCGGGACGGAGGAUACGGUUGCAUGCAUCAAGAAGAUUUUAGAAAUGGGUGAGGUACAGGAGACAGAGGCUCCCCAACGUUACGGGACUAAGAAUGAGUCCAUGGGUCCGAGGGUUAACCAUUGAACUCCUUGGGAAGGGGGAUGAUUUGUUGACAAUCCCUUGCCGCUUAACCUGGAUGAAGGAGAAGGAGGGUCCUUGUCGUCUCCGAGGCGAAAUCGGAAUAUAGGAAAGGGAAAUGAAUGGAGCAAAUGGCUAACGGUUUGUCAUCAUUAUCGUCAUUAUUAUUAUUAUUUCGGUUGCUAUAUUGCGUCUGUGUGACGUGGUAUGAUGGCUUAUUUAUGUAUUUUUUUUAUAUAUUUGUUCUCUGAGUUGUGAAGUGUCGUCUGUAAAUAAAUAAAUGUGAAUAAAAAUUCA